CUUUGAAAAGAAAAUAUCACAAAAUUACGUUUACAAGGAAGAGAAUAGAGAGAUUAAGGAGGUGAUCAUUAAACAAGGCAGCCUGCAACGAUUUUGAUUAAUUAGCUUCUUAAUUACAAUUUUGUGUUGUUUGCUCAUUGAAAACGCUAAUUAAUAAUACUUAGAAUGGCAUGGUCCCCAAAAUAUGCUGCCAAUGCAUAUCUUGACACCCUCAAAUUGUGUAGCAAACACAAACAAAUGUGCAAUUCAUGUACGGGAACCGAAGAACCCGAGAGCAAUGAAUUCCUAUCAGCAUUAGCAGCUGGAAUGAGCGCGAAGUUAAUAGUGGAAGUCACAACAGAAGGGUCACCCUCAACCGUAGCCUUAGCAGCGGCAGCUCGUCAAACAGGGGGCAAAUUAGUCUGCAUUAUUCCGGAACCGAUACUUGACAAAACCCAAAAAGUAAUUCAAGAAACAGGGCUAAAUGACAUGGUAGAAUUCAAAACAGGGGACCCUGUUGAAGUCUUACACAAUUACGAAAACAUUGAUUUCUCAUUAGUAGAUGGCAAGACAGAUGAUUAUGAAGUGUUGAUGGAGAAACUUGACGUUAAUCCAAGAAGAUCAGUGGUCGUUACGAAUAAUGUACAAGGGAAGAAAGGGAUAGGAGGACAUUUAAAGAAAGUGGAGAAUAAGGUAAAGGUAAGAUCACUACAACAUCCAAUUGGUAAAGGAUUAGAAGUUACAAUGAUUGGUAAAAGCACAGAGUUUGGUAAAAAGGAAAAUAAGAGCAAAUCAGGAUGUUAUUCCCAUUUAAUUAGAGGGGGUGACAAAAAAAAUGGACAUGUAGUGAAAAAGGGUGAUAAGAGCAAAUGGGUUUUUGUUGUUGAUGAAAAAAGUGGGGAAGAACAUAUUUAUAGGAUGCCAAAAUCAUCUACACCUUGAUAAAAAGAUGUGAUUUUCCAAGUGAACUGAAGAAAAAUGUGAAGGCACUUGUAAAAUGAGUUUUUUUUUUAAUUUAAAUUUUUUAUGUUAUACCCUUUUUUCUAAUUUCUAUUUCCAUCCCUUUUUAUUGGAGAUUGUUGGGUGUAUUUAGGAGAGGAGAUAGUGAAUUUACAUUGUGAAUGCUCUCUUGUUACUUUGUUAGAGUUUUUGGCUAAAUUCGUUCCUUAAUUAUAA